AUGGCCUCGAGGACGAUGGGUUGCGUGCAGCUUUUUGUUCUGAUCUUUCUGGCAUCGGCCGUGUUGAGUGCAGCGUUCCCGAAGGAGAAGAAGGAGAAGCCAGGACUUCCCAAGUACGAGGCUCCGGAGCACAAGAAACCAGCUUUCGAAAAGCCGAGGCACGAACACCCGAAAGCUGAAACUCCCAAGUACGAAGUUCCGAAAUUCGAUUUGCCCAAGCACGAGAAGGAGAAGGUGAAGAAGCCCGUGUUCGGGUUCCCGAAAUUCGACUUGAAGAAGCCGAAGCACGAGAAGCCGGGAUACAAAAAGCGAAAACCGGAGCACCCGAAAUUCGAGCUUCCCAAACACGAAGCGCCCGAGUACAAGAAGCCAGAGUACAAGAAGCCGAAGUUCGAGGUUCCGAAGCACGAGAAGCCGAAAUUCGUCGUGCCGAAAUUCGAGAAGCCGAAGUACAAGAAACCCGAGUUCGAUCUACCCAAGUUCGAAGUCCCGAAAUUUGAGCUGCCGAAGCACGAGAAGCCAGGCCACAAGAAAUGGAAAGCCGACCACCCCAAGUUCGACUUCCCCAAAGUGGAUGUGCCCAAAUACGAGCACCCGAAAUUUGACCUUCCCAAACCCGAGGUCCCCAAAUACGAGCACCCCGGCUACGACAAGCCCAAGCACUAG